AUGGCCGCGGCGCCGCGCGCCGCGCCGACGGGGACGCCGACGGACGAGGCGGAGGUGCCGCACGACAUCGGCAGCGGCUACGUCAUCGAGCGCAAGCUGGGCAUCGGGUCCUACGCCACGGUGUGGCUCGCGCGCACGACGGCGUCGGAGACGGCCCAGAGCACGGUCGUCGCCGUCAAGGCCAUCGAGCGGUCGCGGCUGACGAAGAAGCUCCAGGAGAACCUCGAGAGCGAGAUCGCGAUCCUGCGCGAUUUCAGCCACCCGCACCUCGUGGGCUUCGUCGAGCUGCGGAAAAGACCAGCCAAAAUCUUCCUCGUGCUCGAGUACCUCGCCGGCGGCGACCUGCAGAAGUUCAUCAAGGCGCGGAAGCGCCUGAAGGAGCCCGUCGCGCGGCGGUUCCUCGGGCAUCUCGCGUCCGGCCUCAAGUUCCUGUGGUCGAAGAACCUGAUCCACCGCGACCUGAAGCCGCAGAAUUUGCUACUGACGGACUUUAGCGACGACGGGUUCCUGAAGAUCGCCGACUUUGGGUUCGCGCGCCACCUCGAGACCGCGGCGCUCGCGGAGACGCUCUGCGGAAGCCCUUUGUACAUGGCGCCCGAGAUCCUGUCGUUCAAGCGCUACGACGCCAAGGCGGACCUGUGGAGCGUCGGCGCCGUGCUCUUCGAGAUGCUCGCGGGCGAGCCGCCCUUCUCCGGCCGGGACCACCGCGAGCUGCUGAAGAACAUCAAGCGGAAGGCGCUCCGCCUCCCGCGCGACGUCGCCGUCUCCGGCGAGUGCCUCAAGGUGCUGCAGAUCCUGCUGAAGCGCGACCCCAUCGCGCGCUGCGCCUUCGAGGAGUUCUUCGCCAACGCCUUCGUGUCGGGC